AUGCAAUAAGUUUAUAGAAGACAUAGUCAUUCAUCAAUUGAUUCAUAAGAAGAGUUUGAUAAUAUUUAUUUACAAUAAUAAUAAUAAUAAUAAUAAUAAGUGUUAAAUAAUCCUAAUUAAGAUCUUAAUGAAAUCAUUGUAAAAACAUUAUUGAGUGAAUCAGAAGCUAGAGAAUUAGAGGAUACAGUAGAAGAAUAGAAUAUUAUAACAAUUGAAUAGGAAAUUGUUGAUUAUGAUGCACAUUUGGAAGAAUUAUUAAAUAGCAUUCAUUUAAAUGUUUUACCUCGUUAAAAUUCAAUCUAAAUUCAAGAAUAUACAUAGAUACUACCAGUUGUAUUGUAGAUAUAAUCUAUAAAAUCAUAAUUAAAGAAAUAAAGAGCUAAUAUAGAUUUAAUGUGUGUAGUAGAUGUAAGUGGUUCAAUGGAAGGAGAAAAGAUAAAAUUAGUACAGAAUUCUUUGAGAUACAUUUAAAAGAUAUUAAAUCCAACUGAUAGAAUUGCUUUGGUGAGUUUUGCAACUUAAGCAGGCAUAAAUUUAUAAUGGACAAGAAAUCAUGCUUUAAAUAAGAGUAACAUAAAGAAAGCCAUACAAAAUAUUAGAAUUAGAGAUUCAACAAAUAUAGCAUCAGGUGUAGCAUUAGGUUUAAGAAUGAUUAGAGAUAGAAAAUAUAAGAAUCCAGUAACUUGUAUGUUUGUAUUAAGUGAUGGUAUGGAUGAUGAUAAGGAUGCUGAAUUGAGAUGUUAAUAUACUUUAUAGUAAUAUAAUCUAUAAGAUACUUUAACAAUAAAUACAUUUGGUUAUGGUUCUGAUCAUGAUGCUAAAGUAAUGAAUUAUAUAGCAAAUUUGAAAGGAGGAUAGUUUGUAUAUAUUGAUUAGAUUUAAAAAGUUUCUGAACAUUUCAUAUUGGCAAUGAGUGGAAUGUUAUCAGUCAAAGCCAAGAAUGUGAUAUUGACAGUCAAAUAAUUAAAUAAUCAAUUCAAAAUAGCAAAGAUAUUUGGUGAUGAUUUUUUGUGGGAUAAACUAAAUGAAACUGAUUAUAAGUUAACUUUGAAUUAUUUAGUAGAAGAAGAUAAAAAGGAAUUUGCUUUAGAAAUAGAAAUCCCAAAUUAUAAAUAAUAGGAAUUCAUAUAAUAUAAUCUAUUGUAAAUUGAUUUAUAAGGAGUCUUUCUUGGAUCUAAUACUAAUUUUAAGAAAACAUCCACUUUAUUAUUGGGAUUCACUAAAGAUCCUGUAUUAUAUUAACCAGUAGAAUUGGUUGAAGUUAAUUAUUUAAGAGCUAAAGCAGGUGAUAGAAUUGGUUAAGCAAAAGGAUUAGCUAAUAAUAAAAAAUAUGAUUAGGCAAUUUAAUUACUAAAUAAAAUGAUUGAUGAAAUAGAAAGUUCAUUAUUUAAAGAUAAUAAAUAAUUAAUUGUUGUUUUAAAAGAUUUAAGUGAUAUAAAAUUGAUUUGUAAACCUUAAACUUAUGAGAAAGAUGGUGAAGCUAUGAUGUUAUAUAAAUAAAAAAAUCAUAUUUAAAGAUAAAGAUCUAUAAGUAUAAUUAUAUUAUUAUUAAGAUAAUUCUAAUGAUUGGUGUUAAGAUGAGGAAGAAUAAAUGAAUCAAUAUAGAAAUGGUAAUUUAAAUUUGAGUGCAAGUGAAGGUAGUUGUAAAAGUAUUGGAAAAAUCAAAAAUGCUAGUCAUUCUUCAGGUUCAAUAAAAAAGCAAUUCUAAAAUGAAAAUGAAUAAGAAAUUGAAAAAGAUGUAUCAAGCCCUAAAGAAAUAUAGAGAAGUAGAACCUCAAGUGGUAGUUGUGAUACCUGUAGAUAGAAACAUUCUAGAAGUUCCUCUAUGAGUUGA